AUGGGGGAGCUUGGGAUCAGGCAAAUUACUCAGGGAGCCCCCAACCAGACCCAGGCCAGCACUGUCCUGGGACAGCUGCUGAAGGCACCCCUGGAGGGGAGGACCAGCACCAACUCCUCCAGGGCCCUGAAGAUCCCUGACGGAACCAGCGCGGCCUGGUACAUCCUCACCAUCUUUGGCAUCUACGGUGUGAUCUUCCUCUUCCGGCUGGCCAGCAACAUCCUCCAGAAAAACGAUCGGUCCUUGGAAGAAGUCUAUUACUCCAAUUUGACUUCCGAGCUGAAAAAGAAAGGACUCCAGUACCACGGGGCCAAAGACUCCCCACUGACCGUCAGCAACGGGGCUGUCCUGCAGCCUGCCCCAAGCUGCCUGGGGAUUCUGCACGGAAAUGGUAGCCCUUCCUGCGACACAGAACUCUCGAGGGUCCCUUGA